AUGCUGAUCGACGAUGAUGUUGAUGAUCAGAAAGAAUGGAGAAGAUCGGGGAUGAAUGUUUGUAGAUUGAUAAUGGAUCUUAGUGGAUCAACAAUGGAUCGUGAUGGAUCGGUAAUUGAUCUUGAUGAAUCAGAAAUGAUGUCGAAGAUCGUCAAUGCUUUUACGAGUCUUGGUGCUAUAUUGGAUCCUAGAGUACUCAGUGGAAGGGGUCCUACAUCAUUCACAAUUCAUGGGGAAUUACGACAUCGAACAGGAUCACUACAACCACAACCAGGGCAGGAUGUGAGUUAUGGUCAACUGUAUAUCUAUGACCUUGAUUUAGCGUUAGAAAUUCGUAAUCGUGGAAAUCCUAACUUGAGAAGGGAUGUGCUCAAAACUAUUCAGGAUAGUUUGUUGCAAGUCAAUGCAUUUGUAGCUACAUUUCGCCAGGCUCAUGCCAUUUUACAUCAAUUAGACGCGGCAAGACACAAUCUACCUGCUCAUCUUCAUUACAAUUCAACAACUGAUCGAUGUCGGUAUAACUUACCAACUGCAGAUGAGAUUGCGAUUGUAAUACCAGGUGAUGGAACAGAGAUGGACAGCUCAGAUGAAAACCUUCUCUCUCACUCUACCUGA